CGGUUUAGAGGAGAAGGGUGGUUUAGAGCGGGUGCUGGAGCUGCAGCUGCGGGUAAAAUGGCGUCGGGGGCCAUUACAGCGGAGGGCAGGCGGAUCGGGGAGCUGCGGGUGGUGGAUCUAAAGACGGAGCUGAAGCGCAGGAACAUGGAUAUUACCGGGGUUAAGACCGUGCUGAUCGCCCGGCUCAAACAGGCCAUAGAAGAUGAAGGUGGUGAUCCAGAAAACAUUGAAAUCCCAUCAUCAGACACGCCCACUAGAAAAAUGGGGAAAUCAAAAGGAAGGAAAGCCGACUCAGACGUUGACACCACAAUGGAAGAGGAGACCUUUUCCAAGGAGGCUGAAGAGGAGGAAUCAGAGAAAGAUGUAACUGAUACUGAUGAUGCUACUCGUGAAAAUUCUAAGUCCUUCUCCGGCGGGGACGGCCUCGCCGAGCCUGAGGCACAGCCAGAAGCAGAUGCGGAUGCAGAGCCUGAGAUUGAGGCCGAGGUGGAGCCUGAGCCUGAGCUUGACGCUGAGGCUGACGCUGAGGCAGAUGCCGAAGCUGAACCAGAACCUGAACCUGAACCAGAACCUGAACCUGAAGGGCCGGCGAUGGAGGCCUCGGAGAGUGAACUCGCUCCCGAACCGGCCAAAGAGGUUGAAGACGAUAACAUUUCCGUCACCAUCCAGGCUGAAGAUGCCAUCACGCUGGAUGUGGAUGGGGACGACCUUCUGGAAACAGGUAAACAUGUGAAAAUUCCAGAUUCUGAGGCAGACAAGGGCAGCGAGGAGCCGGGAGCCUCUGCCGAGACGAGGCAGGAGGCAGACUCCCUGGCCGAAGCCAAGGACGGCCACAAAGACGGGAAGAGAGAUGACGGGCCCAAGUCCGAUGCCGCCAAGAAGGACGGCAGAGAGGCCUUGAAGAAAGCCGAAACGGGAGACAAAGACAAGGAUUCUGGGAAGAAAGGCCCCUCUUCUGCUGGGGCGGCAGGUCAAGCAAAGAGCUCCUCAAAAGACAGAGAUGGAAAGACCACGAAGGAUGAGAAAGGUGGAACUGGCAGUAGCAGCACUAGCUCUACUCGCAACUUGUGGGUGAGCGGCCUGUCCUCCAACACCAAAGCAGCAGAUCUGAAGAAUCUGUUUGGCAAAUAUGGAAAGGUCUUCAGUGCAAAAGUAGUCACUAACGCCCGCAGCCCUGGAGCUAAAUGCUAUGGAUUAGUGACCAUGUCAUCCAGUGCAGAGGUAGCAAGAUGCAUCUCCCACCUGGAUCACACAGAGCUUCACGGCCAGCAGAUCUCAGUGGACAGGGUUAAAAGUGACCCUUUUAAGAAAGACUUCUCGAAGAAAGAAGGAGAGGACAAAACUGGUUCUGGUAAAAUCUCAUCAGAAAAGCGUACCCCUACUGGGACAAAGACUACCAGCAAGACUCAGGCCUCCUCCAAAAAGGAAGAGAAGAAGUCUUCUGAAAAGGAGACCAAAGAGUCAUUGAAGAAACUGGAGACCAAAGGCCCGAAGUCUGAGGCUCUGUCCUCCAGCUCUGGGCCAGAGGCCAAGAAGGAUGAAAAGAAGCAUGGUCGAAAGAGUCCUGGAAAGAUGGUCAUAGGUGACCAAGUUAAGAGAGACCAAGGCUUUAAACCCCGCCCUCCAUUCAGAAGAGGAGGGAGAUUUGACAAGCCUGGACCUCCCAAUCUGAUGAACAGGCGACCCCGGUGGGUGGGUCCUCCUGAAGAGAUGGAUUUAAUGAAGAAAGGAAGGCCUUUCCUUAACAAAGGUGGCAAUUACGACAUCCUUCCCUUUGAGAAAAUGAAGGAGCAGAGGAUGCGAGAGCGCAUGGUCCGAAUGGAGCGAGUGCGCAGGGCCAUGGAACUUCGCAGGCGGCGUGAGAUUGCGGAGCGCGAGCGGCGAGAGCGCGAGAGGAUCCGUGUGAUGCGUGAGCGAGAGGAGCGGGAGAACCUGAUGCGUGAGCGGCAGAGGCUGGAGAUGGAGAGGCAGAAGCUGGAGCGAGAGCGUAUGGAACGAGAGAGGCUGGAGAGAGAGAGAAUCCGAAUAGAGCAGGAGCGGCGAAAGGAAGCGGAGAGGAUGGCCAGGGAACGGGAGGAGUUGAGGAGGCAGCAGGAACAGCUUCGCUACGAGCAGGAGAAACGCAACAACCUGAAGAGGGGCCGUGAUGUAGACCACAGGAGAGAUGACUCCUACUGGAACGGCAACAAGAAGAUGCAGCCCGAGUCAGAGGGCCGGAUCAGCCAGGCCUCAGACUACGGUAACCGCCAGCAGGGCCGCUUCAAUGACUUCAGCUCCAGAGACAGAACACGCUUCCCUGACUCUGCUCCUGUCCAGACCAACAACUUCGACAGACGGAAUCGAAGCUUUGAAGGUGAACCAGACGCUAAGAAGAGCAGACCCGACGCACGGCGCGAUAGCUCCGGGUUCGACCGCUACCCCAAAAACUUUGAUGCUGUCCGCCGGCCCGAACCUCCUCCCCCUCCUGCACGCGCUGAUCUGCGGGACACCGACAGACGGGAGAUCAGAGACAGAGAUGAGCGCAGGCCUGUUGCUAGGCCCGUGGCCAGACCCGUGGCCAGACCCGUGGCCCGGCCCGUGACCCGACCUGUCACCAUGCCUGACCGACCAGCAGGGGGCAGAGCUCCUCCUCCAGCCAUGACCCACUCUCGCUCUGCCAGAGAUAGCGGCCACACUGGGUGGAAGAACGACAGCGGCAUUAACACCAAACCGGGUGAUGUGAGGGGAGCUGUGCGGAUGCGUCCAGAGCGUUCAGGACGAGAGGGUCCCGGUCCUGCCAUGAGAGGAGCACCACCAGCCAGCAGAGGCAGAGCCACCUUCAGCAGCAGAGAUGGAGGAAGACCUGCUGUGAUGGGGGAGCAGCAGCACUUCAGCAGUGGUCGGCAGGUAGUGGUGGAGAGGCAGGGGCGGGACCAGGGCCCGAGGAAGGAGUGGCAUGGGGGUGCUGGGUCUCAGAGCGGAGGCUUCCCCGACAGUCGGCGCAUGGGCGAGAGCCGGCCUGGCAUGAUGGCUCCACACUCCAGCCAUUCCUCUGCUGGCAUGAACAGAAUCGUGCAGAUCACCAACGCCCCAAUUGCCAGCAGCAGUGGGGGGUUCAAACCCUUUAAAGGAAGGUUCUAGCAUCCUCUUAGCAGUGUGCUCUUUUGCAGAAACCUAUAAAAUACCUUUUAUAACUUAAUUUCUGUCCUUUUUUAAGUAUGGAAUAUUUUAUGUUUUUAAAAGGUUGGACUGUGGCCGGCAGGUUUGUUGUAAAAGCUGUUUUUUUUUUUUUUUUUUUUUUUUUUGUAUAGAGCCUCGUUAGGAUUUGUUUCUGAACUCUGUUCUCCUGUGAUCUGUAAAAAUAUGCUAGUGCACAUACUUGUUACUUUAUACCUGAUACACAUCCUGGACUGACAGACUGUACAGUUUGAGUUCUUUUUUUAAACCUGCUUUUGUGUGUAAAAACUGCCCGUGUUAAAAAAAGAAAAACCCUGCUAACUGCUAAGGCCAGUGCUCCUGUUUCUGAUGUGAUUCUGCUCCCCUGCCCUGAUUAAUACGCCCGUGUGAAACUGAAGGGCUUGUUAAUGGGGUGAUUUGAAGUGUGGGCAGGGUUUAUAGGAAGAGGGAGGGGUUUGUUAGUGUUUAAGAUUUAAGGGGAGGGGUUUGCAGGACCGUCUGUGUGUAGUCGUAGACAUGCUGUGAUCUUUCUGCCUUUUUUUUUUUUGUUUGUUUUUUUCCAUUUAGAUUUUUUUUUUGCACCUCCCAUGCAGUUGACAGUUGAUUAAAUUAUACAGGUUGUUUAAUGUUUUCCUGUAAUUUUGUAGUUUCUGUAGAACAUAAAAAAAUACUUCUUUAAAUCUCUGUUAAACACAACAAAUAACAAAACACCACAGUAUAGCAGAUUCACUGACCAGGUUUCUUUUAAUCAGACUUUAAGUCCCUCGUCUAAGGCUUUUUGUUACACGUCCAUCUACUUUCACACACCGUGUUGGGCUACAUACAUAUUUGGUCAUAUGUACAUAAACCAUUGAAAUGCAAAGGAAUAAUGACCUUUUUAAUAUCCAGCUUUUGUCUUCUUUUUUUUUUUAUAUAUAUAACUUUGUCUUAAAUAUUUUGUGUAAAUAGACAUUAAAAGGACGUACAAAUAGAAACAAAUGGGUACAAAUGGGAUCGCUGAAUCGGAUCACUGUGCCUCGGUGCUACAGUUAGCUCUAAACAUGCGUCAUGAAAACAGCGUUUCUGUUUGUGUGUUGGGUCCUUUCAAUAAAUUCACAAGUAAAGUAAAGAAAAGAAAAGAAAAGAAAAAAAACCUUUGAGAACUGGUGUUUGUAUGGUAAUAGCAGAAAAACGCGUACAGGCUGAAUAUGAUUCAGUUAAAGAAGCUCACCAAUACAAAACAAACAAAGUAAAAUAAAACCUACACUUUUCAUUUAGCUUCUAAAAUGCUUUACUUUUCAAUUAGGGGACUAAUUACACUUGCAAUAAUGCUAUUUAUUUCACUUCACCCUGGGCCUGUCACAAUAAUCACAUUUUUAUAUGAUAAGGACAUGCCCUCAGUCAUUUUUGCUCACCUUGAUUUUGUCCAUUGUGUUUUUUUGUGUGUUUAUAUACAUACAAAUAAACUUUUCCAAUAUUUUAUCCA